AUGUCCAUUCUUCUCAGAACACUUUCAAAAUCUCGCACUCACUCCUCCAAGCUUGUGUUUCUUCCAAAGGAGAGUGGAUCCGUACUCUUGCAAAGAAACUUUUCACAAAAGCUCACUGCUCUCUAUGCUCUCGAUUCCGACAGUUACAGCGAUGUGAAUUCCUCUCUCGGAGGCAGUGGCUACUUUGGUGCUCAACGUCAACAAGGAUACGAUAAAAGAGAAAACACUGUUGAAGAACAAUAUGCAGCCAAGAAAGAUUUUGAGCUUUUAUUGAAUAUGGCUUCUGAAUUUAACAAAAAACAUCCAUCCUUGAGAUAUAAGGAUAUAUUCGCAAUGAUGAAGGAAAAACAUGAGGCAGGAGAAGCUGCUGAUCUCGCCCACAUCAUUCACGACUUGACCACUCGUAAACCAGAUGAUGUUUUGAAGGACAGUUAUGUCGCAGGCGUUGAUGUGCAAACGAAAGGUAUUUCUCAGUUCACUGAUCAAAGAAAAGGACAAUCAGGAAGAACAACAGGAAAGGUUCCCGAAGAGAAGAAUCCUCAAAGUGUCGUCGUUCCAGCCAAGGAAGAACGCAAGGCCAGUGAUGAAAAUUAUCCUUAUGUGGCCGAUUUGACUUAUGAACUUUAA